AUGUGGAAAGCAACCAAGAAAAGUUUAUACGGAAUUUCAUCCAAAACUUCUUACAAGUUCAAACUCCCAGUACCUUAUAACAAGAGGCUUUGUGGUUCAAGUCAUGGUUGGCUAGCCAAGGUAGAUUCUAGCUCUAAAGUUACUCUUAUAAAACUCCUCAAUCCUUUUAAGGAUGUAUCCAUCACUUUACCACCCAUCUACUUCCUGGAUAUGUAUAGAAGAAAAAGUUAUGAGUAUGAUGUGCAUAAGGUUGUUCUAUCUACCAAUCCUACAUUUAAGCCACAUGAUUAUGUAGUUGUAGCCAUUUACAAUAUGCGGAAAUGUCUUGCUUUCUUAAAAGCUGGACAAAAGAAUUGGACUUAUAUUGAUGAUAUUCACCAUCUCUUUAAUGAUGUUAUAUUCUACAAAGGCUUGGUCUAUGCGGUGGGACUAUGGAAUAACAUUGUCUCUUUUGAUUUGUCUUAUUUAAAGGAUGGAAGGGUAAUUCCCAAAAUUGUUUCUUUCAAAGGGAAUGAUUAUGCUCAUCGAGCUUAUCUUGUAAAAUCAUUGGAAGGAGACUUAUGGCUUGUAAGAAAAUUUAUUGGGUAUCACGGUGACGAAGAUGAUGAAGAUAAUACUGAGCCUAGUAGUGGUACAAAAAGAUUCGAAGUAUAUAAUUUGGAAUUGGAUGUUCAAACGGGUGAACUUAUACAAAUGUUAAAAAUUGAGAGUUUAGGAGACAAUGUCUUAUUUGUGGGUGAUAGUGAUUCCGUUGCUGUGUCAGCUUCAUAUUUUUCUAAUCAUCUUCAAAAGGAUUCAAUUUAUUAUACAGAUGACUUUUACGGAGACACGCCACCUUACCCUCAUGGACCAUUUGAUAUGAAAAUCUACAAUGUAAAAGAGAAAAAAUUUAGUCAACACUGUCCUUUUUACCAUUGGUUUAAAGAAAAUCCACCUGCAUUAUGGGUUAUUCCACCGUUUCAAUGGGAAUGA